ACGCAUCGGCGGGAGCAGCAAUGUCUGACGAGAACAGAAGAUUGGUCGAGGCCGGACGCGUCUGCUUGGUGAACUACGGUCCUCUUGUCGGGAAGCUUGUCGUGAUCGUCACCAUUGUUGACGGCAAGGUUGCCCUCGUCGAUGGACCGUCUGCCACCAACCCUGUCAAGAGACAGCUGAUGCCUUUGAAGCGCCUUUCCAUCACUCCCAUCAAGUGCAGCAUCCCCGCUGGUGCUCGUGUCAAGACCUUGGAGAAGGCCUACAAGGACGCUGAAGUCGAGAAGAAGUGGGCGGAGAGUAGCUGGGCUAAGACUAUCGCGCGCAAGGCUGCCAAGGCCAAGUUGUCCGACUUCGAUCGCUUCAAGGUUAUGGUUGCUCGCAAAACUCGUGCUCGCGUUGUGAAUAAGGCUAUCAAGGCCAUGAAGAAGUAAAUCGUGCCUCAGAAUAAACAAGGAAACAAAGCUGUUCACGCGAAUGACGUGGGUGUGAACAGUGAAAGUUUCACACGCUUGUUCGAUCGUUAGGCAUUUGUGCGUGAAGGAUAGAAAAGAUGGAAAGUUUGGUUGCAGCGCUGAAAGGAUGUCAUGAAAUGAAACAAGCAGCGCAUG